UCCGCGGACGACGGGUUACGGUUUCCUGUCUAUCCGUCACUCUCUUCGUUCGCUCGUACAUUGGAAUCGGCCUCUCGUCGGCAUCGUGUAAUCGAUUUUACUUUACACCACGACAGACAGUCUGAAAGAGAGAGAGAGAGAGAGAGAGAGAAAAAGAUAGCCUAAGCUGCUACAGCAUGGCCGUAAUGUGGCAUGUAUAGGGCGUAUGCAGCGCGCGCUCGUGUGUGUGUGUGUGCGCGCGUGUGUGUGUGUAUGCGUGCGCGAGAAAGAGAGAAAAAGUGAGUGAGAACGAGAUGGCGCAGACAAAGGGGGCCUACUCCUGCUGAUUCCGCACUGUAGAGUAGACGCCAGCAGCAGCAGCCACAGCCACACGCGAAUGCUCUACUGCCUGAAGGAAUAACAUCGGCCUGUGCCGCCUGCAGUUAAACUUAUAUAGGGAAAAAGAUGGCGAGCAGUAAGAGGACGUACCUAAGGGAGGUGAACCCUCACCUCAUCUGCCCUUUGUGCCGCGGAUACCUGAUCGACGCGACCACCAUCGUCGAGUGUUUGCACUCGUUCUGCCGGAGCUGCAUCCUAAAGCACCUGAGGACGGAUGCCAAGUGCCCGUCCUGCAAGCUGUUGCUCAACACCGCCAAGCCCAAUAUCAAGGCCGACAAAGCGCUGCAGGACAUCGUCUACAAGCUGGUGCCGGGCCUCUAUCACAAGGAGAUGCGCAAGCGGCGGGAAUUCUACGGCAAGCAUCCCGAGCACGGAUUCGCUGCAAGCCUCGACCGUCUUGCCGGUGCUGAUUCAGCGACGCCUGAGCAACGUGGAGAGGACGUAAGCGGACGUCUGAUCUUUGCACCCGAAGAUGCUAUCAGUCUGAGUCUUGAGUACCUGUCCGUCGGAGCCGAUCCUUUGAUUCUGCUUGCGACCAACAAUAGCGAGGCAGAGCUCGCCAAAGGACAAAAGCCCAAGCAAAUCAACGGCACCAAUGUGGCCGGUAGGCGAUAUUUGCAGUGCCCAGCCCUCGUCACCAUUGCACACCUCAAAAAGUUUUUGGCCCUCAAGUACAGCGUCGAUGUCACCAGGUACAACAUUGACAUUUGUCACAUGCGAGCACCGCUGCCCGAGCAUUGGACGCUCAUGGAUGUCGCUUACAUUUUCGCUUGGAAGAGGAACGCUCCUAUUCGAUUUUUCUACCGAAUCACCCAGGAGGAGCAGCAAUUAGAGGCACCUCCAAAUGACAGGCCUUCUACGCCUGGUGUCGGUGCAAGCCAGCCCGCCACCAGCGAAGAGGCAGCGGAAAUCGUUGCCGAGAAGAAGCCUGAAUUUAACGGCGAGAAGCUUGAAAAGGCCAAAAAGCCGGCUGAACCCUUGGCGGCGCAAGAUGCCAAACGGAAUCUUCCCGACAAAGAGUUAAAAGUCACUGCCGAAAAAUUGACGGCCCCACUAACGCCUGCCAAGCCCGAAGAGUCGGCGAAGCAGGUCAAGACUCCCAUAAAGAUUAUGAAAAAAUCAGAUGGCAAUUAUCAAGUACUGCGCGGCCCCAGCUUACCUUCAUCACCUGCUAAGCCCGACAAGAAAUCGCCGCCAGCCACCCCCACCGCGGAAUUUAGCGUCGUCAGCAUAAACGAUAGCAACGAUUCAAAACAAGUGAAGAUCACGCUGAAGCAGUGCCAGCCCAGCAACCCCGUCAGUUCCAAUGGAAAUUUGAGGAAACCCAAAGUGAUAAGCAACGUGCUGCUUAAGAGCCCCAGCGACAAAUCAAACGUCUCCGGUCAACUGCCGGACUCGCAGAAGCAGGAGAAGCACAAGCGAAAGGUCACAUUUGACGUGAACGCCUCGCCCUCCAAGCAGCCCAAAAAAAUGACUGAGCAAACGGAGAAGAAGCAAUUCUUACAUGCCGUCAGUCUUACCGCCAAACACGCUGCUACCACGGGUGCGAGCAAACAACAGGAUCAAGAGGCCGAGGAUGCCAACAGUGUUGAGGCCCAAUUGAGGGAUAUUAUCAAGAAUAAAUUGAACCGUGAGACGAACAAUCAAUUAUCGCCGAGCAAACCGAUCAGUCAGCUGUCGCCGACCAAAGACGAGCCAGUGAGAAAGCGACCGGCCGAGGUUAAAAAUACCAACAUAGCCGACCGCUUGGACGCCAAGCUGGCUAAUGUCGAUCAUAACCCGGCCAAAUUUAUCCGCCCCAGUAACAACAAAGAGCAGCAACCGAUCGACGUUUACGCCUUCCCCAGCGAUCCACCCGGUACCGCGACAGUACCACCAGGCGCCGUUAAAAGGAAGUGUCCGCCUGGUUUGCCGAUUUUUGAUAUUCGUAAAAAGCAUCAACAAUGCGCGUCUGGUAAACGGAUUGGCGUUAACGCUGCGAAAGGAACGACCGUCAAGUGCUACAGAAAUCAGUCUAAGCCGGUGAUUUAUCCCAAACCUGCAAGCCCGGCAAGACCCUUACAGAGCUUGCAAACGCCGAUGCCCAACGCAGCAAACGCUAACAUUAACAAUUCAGUGGCCAAUGCAACUGUUAGCUCUACGUCUUCCAAGCCUAACCCGAUAAAUAUCAGCGACGAUACGCGCUCAUUGUUGGAUGGAUGUGGUCUCAACAUACCCGCAAGUCUUAGUAUAACUUUGACGGCUCCUAAGUCUCCUAGCCGGGAUUCGCAGAUAGAUUUACGGAAAGAUCUCUCUCAGCGCGGUUUGGACAAGCUAAAUCCGAGCAUCACGUUGAACGACAAAUCCGUGGAUCCUAGAGCAUUGAAAGCUUUGAAGGCCGGUCAAAUGAGGAUGCCACCAGCCAAUGCAAAGAGCAAAGGACGCCAGACGACCGAUUUACCUCAGCAACAGCAAGGGCAAGCUGCUAAGAGGAAAAAGGACGAGAGCCCGGCACAACAACCAAGAAAUGCUUUGGAUCUUAGUGGCCAGAAAAAGUCGGAUUUUAAUUCUUCUUUGAAAAUACCAACGCCCAUGGGAUCCAAAUUCAAAAGCAAACCUCCACCGCCCACUUGGUCGCAAGCUAACAGCCCAAAACCGAAAGACGAUUCGCAGAAAUUCACUGCCAAUGGCCAGGUUGUUACGUUAAACAGCGGUCAACGUUUCUAUCGUGCACCGCCAGGUUCUCUGACCCCAUCGGUCAACCGAUUCAAUGACAUCCCAAUGCCGACUCGUACCCCGGUAUACGCAUCUUUUGGCAAUGUCUCAUCCAAUUACUCUCACAUAUUUCCGAGCUUGAAAAGUCUGUACGCGCUAAACCAGGCGCCCAGUCUCGAGCAAUUCAGCAUGGACUCGCGAAUGCGCAUGAUUAAAGAGGCAGCAAGUAAUAACACCACAAUUAAAGCCACUAGUAGCACCACUAGCAACACUACCAGUAGCUGUAACAACGGCAACAGUAACAGUAAUCCUCAAGGGAGCAAGAGCCAUCUGGCUGCACAAUGCGCUCCAGUCAAGCCAGCGAGAUCGGCAGUCGGAUCAUUUGCCAUGCCCGCUAAGCCGCCAACUGGUCUGAGCAUCAAGAUGACCAAUAAAAGUGUGCCGUCCGUUUCCAGUGCUAACGAGAGCGAGACGCCUGUCGCUAAUUCUACCGAGGCCAAGCAAAACCAGCAAAAGAGCGAUUCCAAAGAAGCUCCAGCGAAGGCCGACUGCGAACAAAGCGAGAACUGUGAAUCUUCUACAGAGGAAUCGAAUCCGCCGCAGGGCUCAGCGAGUCCUCGAGUUACGUCCACGGUGUCUUCGUCGCCUCCACCGAACGUGAGCGAGACUUGUGCAGCAGAGAAGCCACCUGCCGAGGCGAAAGCCAGCCAGCCGAGGGCAUCCGAGGUGAGCAGCAGCAAGUCGCCGGAGAGCCCGGACUCGAGCUCGCUGGUGACCGAAAGCAAUCUAGUCGACAGCACCAAGGACAAGAGUCGAGAACCUUCCCCCGUAAAGAGUCUCGAGGUGAAAUCCGAAGGGUCAUCAAACAACGAGGAUGUCAAGCUCAAAGACGAGCAGAUCGACGAAACUGACCCGAAAAAGUCCAUGAGUUCGGAAGCUUUACAAAAGAGACUUCUAGCCGCCUUCCCGUCGAACGAGUGGGCCAACAAUCCUCAGGUCGCCCAGCACUUUGGUCUUUUUCUCGAGAGGUUGAACACGAUGCCGGCCGAGCCAAAGAAGGCCAGCACGUGUAAGGCUCGAAACCUUUGAAACCUCACAGCGAUGACUAGCUGCCAGUCACUGCCACUCAAUACUGACCAAGUUGCGAUCAUUGAAGCAAGUAUUUUUUCCGCCGAUCUCGCAAUCGAUGACUUGGCAAAAGUUUUUUCAUGCAAUUGUGAUAAGUGGUCUUUUGUACUUUUGCACGCGCAAAGCAGCCAUACUUUGGCCAGUUAUUGAAUCUAGAAAUUUAUAUUUUUUCAACGCGCUAUCGAAUCACGGCCGAGUAUAGCAUUUAUUUUUCAAUCCAGUAAUAUGGUCAAUGUUUAAAAAUGAAAAAAGUAUUACAUCAUUCAUUAGACAUCUUUUUGUACACCAUUUAUACAAUUUUAAAUAAGCUCUCGGAAGUUAGUGGAUUUACACAUAAUGAUUGCUAUUCCAUAUGUUUACAUAAUUAUCAAACUCUAUUAAGCAAGAGCUUACAUGGUCUUUGCCAUAAUGAAUGCAUUAUCUAUAACUACAGUAUUUUAAUGCACACAGACUUAAAAGACACAAAGAGAUUUAUUCGCAAACAAAUCACUGAUACUUACAUGACUUUAUUUCGUGGUAUUUGAUUGGGUUAUUUAAUUUACCGUUGUUUUUGUAAAAUAUAGACGACUAGUUGUAAUUAAAUUUAAGUAUCUAAUUGUACAUGUUCGACAUCAUUAACGCUUUCCAGUAUUUUAAAUAUCUGGAAGAUGAGUAUUUGUUCCUUUAAUUGUAGUCAAUGGCAAUAUAGUUCUGUUUGCAGUUAUAUUUGGCAUUGUUAAAACUUCAGUUUAUCUUAAGUUCUGUUAAUAUAGAAACUUCCUCGUACAUAGAUUAAGGCAAUCACCAUAAUUUAUAAUUUUAUUGUAUAGAAUAAAAUAAAAAAGAAGUAAAGAAAAACAGAAACUACGAAGGCUCCAGUGAUUGGUACAAAGAUUUUUAAAUGCUUAAUAUGUACUACCAAGAAAAUGAUUUUUUCUUACUGCCAAAGUUUCUAUUGACAUUAAGCUUUCCAUACUAAACCCAAUUUUAUGUAUGAGGUACAAAUUAAUAAGAUGAUAUAUCUACGUCUACAUACAUAACAGCUAGUGGUAUUUAGUUUAUAAGUUGUAAAUAUUUUAGUUGUCUAAGUAAGCAAUUGAGUAUACCAUUCGAUGAUAGGAGAAGUGAUUUGAAAUAUUCUAUUUUAGUAUAAAAAUCAACCGAGUUAGGUCAAUCGUCAUGUGUGUAUAUAUAUACAAGUAUAUACAUUCUUGUUCAAACUUUUUAAUAAAAAAAAAGAAUAAUCAUUAUGUAAGCUUUGUAAAAGAAGCUAAUGUACAAUACCGA